UGGUGCGGCCCCUCCCCGGCCUCUCCCUGCCGCCCUCCCCCUCCUCCUCCUCCCGUGCUGGGAUCUGAGUGUGAUCAGGGGACCGCCGCAUCCAGCGCUCAGAAGGCCGGAGGGAGUGUGAGCAGCGGCGGUGGCCCAGGACAGAAAGAAGACCUGCACAACCUUAAGCAAGCACAAUGGAGUUCUACGAGCAUUUUAUUAUCCUGGUCCCACUGGUGGUCAUUUUGGUCAGCGUCCUCUUCUUCUGCCUCUUCAUGAAAGAGACUUCUUACGAUGAGGUUCUCGCGAAACAGAAGAAGGACCUGAAACUCCCUCCUGCAAAGAUAGAGAAAAAGAAAGUGGACAAAAAAAAGAACAAGAAAAAAGAAACUCAAAAUGGAAACCUUCACGAGUCGGAUUCAGAAACGGCCGUACGGGACUUCGAUCUGGGGGAUGCUUUGUCCAGUGAAGAGGAACACGUUGUCCCAGCUCCUGUCAUUGCUGUGGAGAACACCACGAAUGUAAGGGAGCGGAAGAAGAAGGACAAGAAGCAGUCAAAACCGGUGGUGGACGAGCCCGUUCACAAAGAAGUCAAUGGGACAAAGGUCCCGGUGAAGAAACCCGAGCCGAUCCCUGUAACAAAGCAGCCGACACCACCGUCUGAUACUACUGGAUCCAAGAAAAAGCAAGGACAGAAAAAGCAGAAGAAUGGGCGAGAUGACUCCCCUAUCACACCAGAGCCUAAAUCUGAACAAGUGGUGCCUCCUUCUAAGAAGCAAGAAUCCGUCAUUCCUCUGGCUGAGGUGAAGCCACAGGAAUCUGUGUCCGCAAAGAAGGCCGCGCCGAAAAAGAAGCAGAAAGCAGAAAGUGUUCCAGUUUUGGUAGAUGAGCCACUAAUUCAGCCAACAGUGUACAUCCCUUUGAUGGACAACUCUGACCCGGUCGUGGUAGAGAAGAAGGAAAACGCCAGUUUUGAGAGAGCCACGAUUACAGAGGUGGUUCAGAAGAGUGGGGGCAAGAAGGGAAAGAAUAUUGCAGACAAAAGUGAGCGCAAAGAAAACGCAGAGGUGAAGUUUAAAGAUUUCAUUGCAACCAUGAAGAAUCUGAUUUUCUCAGACGAUGAGGCAAUGUCCGUGGUAGAGAUGCUAAAAGAGAAGUCACGUUCUGUGCAGGAGAUAGUCAACAAGGCGAAUAAGGGGAAUUCUGCCGCUUUACUUCAGUUACAGGAAAAGGAAAAGUUACUUUCGGCUGCUAAAGAUGAAGCCUCUUUGGUGAAGGAGCAGUGCAGGCAGCUCACACAGGAAUUGGUAGCAGAGAAGCAAAAAUCAAACUUGGUUGAAGCAAAAGCAAGAGAACGCAUCAACUUGCUGGAGAAAGAACAUGGAGCUUUCCAAAACAAGAUACACAGCAGCUAUCAGGAGGUCCAACAAAUGCAGCAUAAAUUUCAGCAGGUCCGCGAGCAGUUGGAGAGCCAGAUAGCCCACCUGAAACAGGAGAAUGGUAUUCUGAGAGACGCUGUGAGCUCAGCCACCAACCAGAUGGAAAGCAAGCAAUCCAAUGAGCUUAUAAAGCUGCGUCAGGACUACGCCAGACUUGUUAAAGAACUUAAUGAUAAGAACAGUAGCUUGGCACAAGAGGAGCUGCAGAAAAAGAACCAUGAACAAACAGUUGGUGGAUUGAAGGCUCAGAUGCAAGAGACAGAGAGGAGACGGGAAGAAGUUGAAACCUACCUAAGGAAAAGGAUGUCUGAUCUAGAGAUGGGCCAACAAGAUCUUCAAGGGAAGCUUAUGACCAAAGAGGCUGAGGUCCAGAGCUUACACAGCAAACUCACAGACACUAUAGUGACAAACCAGCAGCUGGAGCAGAGAAUCAUGCAGCUCAUGGACGAAGGACAGGAUGACAGCCUUCAGAUGCAGGUGCAGGAUUUACUGAAGCAAAAUGAAGCCCUCAAUGUUCAAAUAAAGAAAUACCAUUCUCAGAUGCAGGCUCAGUCUUCAGCAUCAGCUAUAGUGGAGGAACUACAGAAGAAGAUUGUGGAGAGGGAUAUGGAAAUUAAACAGAUGGAAGAGUCCUUGGCUCUGGAACGUGCAAAUUAUGCAAACAAUGGAGAAGAACUCAAGGACCUGAGGAAACAGAAUGAAUCCCUGAAUGUUCAGAUACAGAAGUACAUUGCUCAAAUGCACGUGCAGGCUUCAGCAUCAGUCAUUGCUGAGCAACUGCAGAAAACUAUUGAAGAAAAAGACAAGGAGAUUAAGCAGGUGAAGGAUGCUGUUGCUUUGGAACAAGCCAAUUUUGCCAACAGUGGAGAGGAAUUAAAGACACUACAGAGGGAAAACAUAUCGCUAAAGGCCGAGCUACAGAAGAUUCAGUCUGCGAAGAGCGAACAGUCUGCUGCUUCUCAAACAUUGGAACAAUUGGAGAAGAGUAUUGGGGAGAAGAAUGAGAAGAUCAAAGCUCUGGAAGAGAGACUUGAGGCUGAACAUGGGAGGGUGACCAGCACUAUCCAGGAGCAUACGGCUAUUCAGGGACGUAAUAAUGAAUUACAGGCGCAGGUGCAGAAGCUGCAGGAACAGUCUCAAGAUCAGUCAAAUAAAGAAGUACUUGUUCAAUUGGAGAAGAGCAUGCAAGAAAAGGAUGAGAAACUGAAGACAGUUGAGGAAUUGUUGGAGGCCGGACUCAUAGAGGUGGCAAACAAAGAAGAGGAUUUGCGGUUGCUGAGGGAUGAAAAUGCAUCUUUAAGAAUGGAUUUGCAGAAUCUCAAGGCACAACACAACGACCAGGUAUCCCUCACUUCUGUGGUGGACGAUCUUAAAAAUGUGAUCCAUGAGAAGGACGGCAAGAUAAAAUCUGUAGAAGAACUUCUACAGGCUGAGCAUCUGAGAGCUGACAAGGAGGGGAGAAGUGUACAGGAAUUGACUAAAGAAAUAGAAGCUCUGAAGGAAGCAUUGGCAAGUAGCCAGCUUGAGAAGGCUGAACAGGUCUCCACUACUACACUAAUUCAGGAGCUUCAGAAUCAAUUAAAGGGCAAGGAAGAGAGCUUAAAGGGAAUAGAAGAACGGUUUAAUGAACGUGAGAAGGUGAUCCUGGAAAGGGAAAGACAGAUUGAGGAUCUACAGAAGGAAAGUCAGCAGCUAAAAAUUCACAUUGAAGAAGCAAAGCAGCAAUUCAAGCAGCAAGAGUCAUCAUCAUCAUCAGGAGUGCAGGAGCUUCAGAGGAUAGUGGAGCAACAGAAUGAGAAAAUCAAGAAUAUGGAGGCAGCUCUUUCUGAGAAAGAAGCAAAUAUAACUUUCACAUCUCAGGAACUAACGGGUCUGAAAAAAGAAAAUGAAAUUUUGAAAAUUCAGGCCUGCGAUCUACAGAAGACAUAUGAUCAACAACUACGACAGGUUUCUUCAGUUGCUAAAAGUGAUGAAUUAAUAGAAGCGAUUGCAGCAAAAGAAAAGUACAUCACAGAACUGCUUUCAGAGCUAGAAGUUCAAAAAUCUGCGGUAGAGCAGCAACGGAAGAAGAACAAUGACCUUCGGGAGAAAAACUGGAAAGCAAUGGAGGCAUUGGCAUCAACUGAAAAAAUGCUACAAGAGAGAGUCAACAAGACUGCCAAGGAGAGACAGCAGAACACAGGGGAGAGUGAGGCCCGGGAAAUCCUACAGAAGAUCUUCCCGAAUGUAUCCGUUUCUUCUAGCUUGCGAUAUAGUGAAUGGAUUCAAGAAUUCGAGAAAGCAGCAAAAGUGUGUUUGAAUGAAAGUGGAGGAGCUGAGAAGGUUAAAGCGCUGGAGCAGAAAUUGAAGGAAGGAGAGGAAAUCCAUACGUUGCUGCAGCUGGAGUGUGAAAAGUACAAAUCGGUGCUAGCGGAGACGGAAGGGAUUUUACAGAGGCUGCAGCGUAGUGUGGAAGAAGAGGAAGGACGAUGGAAAGUCACGUUAGAGGAGUCGCAGAAUGAACUGAGAGAGGCUAAGUCAGCAGUUCAUUCAUUGGAGCGGGAGCUGGAUCACCUGAAGAGGCGGAGCCACGAGUCAGAAAAUUUUAUAAAAGAGAGAGAGCAUUUGGAAACAGAGCUGGAAAAGGCAGAAAAUGAAAGAGCGACUUAUGUGUCUGAAGUACGAGAGCUGAAAGAUCUGUUGACUGAGUUGCAGAGAAAGCUUGACGAUUCUUAUUCCGAGGCAGUAAGGCAGAAUGAAGAGCUGACCUUGCUGAAGACUCAACUGAAUGACACCUUGCAGAAAUUGGAAGGAGAACAGAACGAAAGGCAGAAAGUAGCAAGAGAUUUACACGAGGCUCAGAAAUCUCUAGAAUUCAUUCGGCAAGAAAUACUAAAAGGCACUGGUGACUCCAAUGUCAUAGAGAAUAGCGAUAUCACUCCAGAAAUGGAUGAACAACAGAAGCAGAAAAUGUCCUCAAGUUUAAGUCAGACCGUAACGCAACUACAGCAGUGUCUUCAGGCUGUGAACCAGCAGCUCACAAAGGGACGAGAACACUUUCAAGUAAUAGGAUGAAGCCACCGGGGGAUUUCUCCACUGAGGAAGUAGUGGAAGGCAUUGUAAUUAAAUUUUGCCAAAAUGAAAGCCUUAUUUAUGUCUUCACCCUUUCUACUUUGUCAGAAACACUGAACAGAGCUACAUCUUUUCUAAUUCUUGUUAAACUACUGAUUUAAACCAGGACAAUAAUAAAGAAUUAAAAGAGGAAAAAAAAAGACACUCGGCAGACAGUUUAGUUUUAUAGCAAAAUAAAAUGGAAUAAAAAAAAAUCCAGUUUGGAUAUUUAGCUCUUUACAUUCCUAAAGCUGCAGUAAAGACGUGUACGUAUCUUUUUAUCCUUUUUUUGUUUUGUUUUUUGUUUUUUUUCUGUUCAAUACAGAUUUAUUCAGAAGAUUCAAUUAUGAUAAAGCUGAUGUAUGAAAUAUAUAUCCUUUUAUUACAGACGUUGUACACUGUUUUACUUAAAAAUCCACUUUGGGAGUAGAGAUGCAUCUUGAUUUCAACCUCAAAUAAAACACUCCUUUGUUGCUAA